UCCCUAUCCGGUUCCUUUCAACCCUUUCCACCCCCCUUUAAAUACGUCUCCCUGGCCAUCUCUCUGCCUCUCCGCUUGAUCAUCAUUGUCCUCCUCCGCUUGAAUUGAUUGGAGCUCUGAAUUUCAGACUUCUAUUGAGUUGUAUCAGCAUUGUGUGGAAAUGGAAGCCACUGCAGGAUAAAUACUGCUUAACUUUUUGGUUGUUUAUGGUACCAGGGCAAUGUGUGGUCAGCAGAACUAUUGUAACACGGAGAAUCAAUAUCUAAAACACCAACAAUCAAUUCUUUUUGACAUUUUGCCGAGAAGCAGCUCUGGAAUGGCAUUUGAGAUAGCCGCGAAAAAACCGGUGGCUACAUUGAAAUCUACACAUAUUCAAGCAUCUUUCAUACCUUUGUCCCUUAAAAUUCCUAUUAAUGAUGCAUAUCAUGAAUCGUUAUAUAAACAAUGGGCUUCAUGAACUAUUGCUCUUCAAUCUCUACCAUUGUUAGAUGCUGUUUGUCAGCACAUUUGGAGAUUCCGUUACUGAACCAGCAGAUUAAUUUGGACAGUGUCCCUUCAUUGAAGUAAUUUAGUCACCUACAAAGCUAAGUUAGGGAUGCCUGACCUUGCUGGUGUUAUGAAACGGGUGGUUGAAUCAGAGAUGUGUUUCUCUACUGCUGUUCAACAUAACUCAAAAAUUUCGAACCGGCUAAACCAACAAUCACUACAUGACUCAUUCUGUUCCAUCUUGCCUGGUUUACCUGACGACAUUGCAAUGUUCUGCCUCGCACUCAUUCCUCGAAAAUACACCCCUAUUAUGGGUGCUGUUUGCAAGAGAUGGAGGAUGUUUAUUCAGAGCAAGGACUUCAUCCCUGUGAGGAAGGAAACUGGUAUGCUUGAGGAGUGGCUCUAUUUCUUAACUAGUGAUAUAGAUGGGAAAGGGAGCCACUGGGAAGUCAUGAGCUCGUUAGAAGGCAAAACCUGGAUGCUUCCUCCAAUGCCAGGUUCAGUAAAAGCGGGUUUUAGUACAGUUGUUUUUGAUGGAAAGCUGUUGGUUAUUGGUGGAUUUUCUGUGAAUGAUGGAAUUCAAAGUACUUCAGCCGAUGUUUAUCAAUAUGAUGCUCGGCUUAACAGGUGGACCAUGCUUGCAAAGAUGAAUGUUGCUCGCUAUGACUUCGCCUGCACUGAAGUUAAUGGCAUGAUCUAUGCAGUAGGCGGCUACGGAUCAGACGGUGAGAGCCUCUCGAUUGCAGAGGUCUACGACCCAGACAUGAAUGAAUGGACUCUGAUCGAGAACCUCCGGCGGCCCAGGUACGGCUGUUUCGCCUGUAGCUUCGGCGGCAAGCUUUAUGUCAUGGGAGGUCGUUCAAGCUUCACCAUAGGCAACUCCAGGUUCGUGGAUGUGUACAGCCCUGAAGGGCAUUCAUGGUGUGAAAUGAAGAAUCCUGGAUGUGUUAUGGUCACCGCUCAUGCAGUGCUGGGAAAGCAGCUCUUCUGCAUGGAGUGGAAGAAUCAAAGAAUGCUAGCCAUUUUCGACCCUGCAGACAACUCAUGGAGGAAGAUUCCGGUACCUCUCACCGGGAGCUCCACCAUUGGUUUCCAAUUUGGCAUCCUCGACGACAAGCUCCUGCUCUUCUCCCUGGAGGAGGAUCCUGGAUAUGGUACGCUUAUUUAUGAUCCGGCUGCCCCUGCUGGAUCAGAGUGGCACACUUCGUCGCUGAAGCUAUCUGGUCCUUGUCUUUGCACUGCAACUAUCAAAGCUUAAUCUUUAGUUUCGCUUGUCCUUUAAUGUUUUUAUUUGUCUUGUUGAAAAGGUUGACAAUUUUAAGCUCAUGUAUUUUGAUUUAAUUCGUGUUUUUUUCGCAUGCUUCGUUUGAGAUAGUUUGUUUACUGCUUCUUAAAGCAAUUUUUUAGAACAAAAGUUGAAAUUUUUGUACUCGAAUGCUUCUUAAAGCAACAAAAAAAUUGUCCCAAACAAAACCUAAAUGUUUUGUAGUUCCUUUGUGAGUUGUGACUUUUUUCUGCUUUUGUCA